UAUAAAUACCCUUCCAUUCACUCCACAACUCCACAUCCCUUGCUUCUACUUCCACUGCUCUUACUACUACUAGUACUAGUAUAGCCACAAUGGCUAAGAACACAAAGCUUUUGGUUCUUGGCUUCAUACUUCUCCUAGCCAUAGGUCUAUCCUCGGCAGCGAGGACCUUGAGUGAGGGUUACACGUCCGGUGGAGGUGGAGGAGGUGAAGGUGGAGGAGGAGGUGGAGGUGAAGGUGGUGGUGGAUCUGGCUAUGGAUCUGGCUAUGGAUCUGGGUCUGGGGGUGGUGAAGGUGGAGGAGGAUAUGGGAAAGGAGGUGGUGGUGGUGGUGGAGGUGGAGGUGGACAAGGUGGUCGCGGUGGAUCAGGAUCAGGAUCAGGAUCUGGAUAUGGAUCUGGGUCAGGAUCAGGAUAUGGAUCAGGUGGUGGGGGUGGUAAAGGUGGUGGUGGUGGUGGUGGUUCCGGUGGAGGUGGUGGUGGUGGUUCUGGUGGGGGACAAGGUGGUGGAUCCGGAUAUGGGUCUGGGUCUGGGUCUGGGUCUGGCUCUGGUUAUGGACAAGGAGGUGGUGGAGGACAUGGAGGUGGUGGUGGAGGUGGAGGAGGACAUGGAGGUGGAGGUGGAGGAGGAGAAGGAUCUGGUUCAGGAUCUGGAUAUGGUGAGGGUGGUGGAUAUGGGAGUGGAGGUGGACAUGGGCGUCGUUAGAGAAAGCAUAAGUAGGUCCAUGGAUGAGAAAGAGCACUAGGAUGAGCAUGAACCAUGGAUUGAUAAGUUGAGCAGUAGCGUUUGUGUGAUAUUAUUAUAUAUAAGAGCAUCAUCAUGUACUAUGAGAAAUAAGACUACUUACUGUUUUUAUGCUUAUUAUGUAGUAUGAGAAAUAAAACUACUGCUUUUAUA